AUGGCUCCCGCCGCCGCCCCCCGCGUCUCGGUGUUCCCUUCGCCGCAGGAGCUGGGCCCGGCCCUGGCGCAGCUGGUGGCCGAGCAGGCGGCGGCGGCGGCCGGCGGCCGCUUCUCGCUGGGGCUCUCCGGAGGGAGCUUAGUUGGGCUUCUCUCCCGCGAUCUCCCUCCCGCCGUCGCUCCCACCGGCCCCGCCGCCCCGGCCCACUGGCUCGUUGCCUUCUGCGACGAGCGCCUGGUGCCGCCCCAGCACCCGGAGAGCACCGUGGGGGCCUACGAGGCCCAAUUGCUGCCGCGGCUGCCGGGCCCCGGGCCGCGGGUCCUGGCUCUCACCCCCGGGCUGGCCCCCGCCGCCGCCGCCGAGGACUACGCAGCGCAGCUCCGGCAGGCUUUUCCCGGUCAGGAGGUUCCUGUCUUCGACCUGCUGCUGCUGGGGGUCGGGCCGGACGGCCACACCUGCUCCCUGUUCCCCGACCACCCCCUGCUCCGGGUUGAGGGGAUUGCGUGUGAGAUUGGUGUUGAAGGUGCUUGGAUGAAGUUUGACCUCUGGGGGAAUGCAUCUCAUGCAGGUAUUGAUGCAUCUGCACGCUCCCAUGUGUGGGGCCGCAAGGUGAAUGCAGAAGAUUGA